AUGAACAAGGCAGUCUUCCAAGGCCGUCGCGGGAUCAAUCCGUUACAGCACAAAAUUGUAACUGCCCCCGAGUACUGGCUAAGCAUGGAUUUCGCGGGUGUACCGUACUUUGAGCCAUGCUAUGCUAGUCUGAUCAAAAGAACGGAAAAAGAAAUCACCAAAGAAUAUGCAAUGGAAAUCCAUUCUCGUUGCAAAGCGGGGACACCAUUCAAAUGGGAUCCAAACAAUCCAGAGAAUUCACUGCCUCCUACUUUACAAGGCGUGGUUUACCAGAUUACUAAAACUUGUCUCGAGCGUAUCAUAAGAACAGAAGGCGGAUGGGGAUAUAACAGUAUUCCGGUUGGGUAUGAUGUUAUCGAUGUCGAAUGCAAGACUAGUGACGAUGAAAUACUCGUCGCAAAGACCUUGAUUGCUAGGCCCGCUUCAAUCAGGCCUGGAUGUCAGGCAUCGGCUAGGCAAGUAUAUAGAAAUCUUGACAAGCCACGCGAUUCAACCAACUUGUUGUAG